AGAGACAGCUGCCCUGCAGGAGGUACCAGACAACAGGUAUCUCAAGGCUAAGCAUGCAAGGAUGCUCAAACUUCUUUUGAUAGACUUUGCCGCAUUGCUGUCACUGUCGUCUCGUCGUCGACAUUCCUCUCGCGCGUACGAAGCGUACAGACUCCACUACAUCCGCGACGAGAUUGCGCGCCAAUCAGGCCGAUCGACGCGAUAAGGACGCACCCGCUGGUUCCCUGUCCCAGCGGCCACCUCUCGUCUUUCCGCUGCACGCACGACACGCACGACACCACGAUGGAUUAAUGAUUCGCACAUUCACCUGCGAUAGCAAUGGUCCCACAUGCAACCGGAGGCUUCGAGCGCCGGCGCUCGUCCUCGGUGAAGCCAAGCCCUGUGAAGACGAAGUUUCCCGACUUUGUCCAGGAGCAGGCCACGUUCGAGGACGAGUUCGAAAAUCCAUCUCGGGGCCCGAGCCCAAAACCUCUUCCUAACGGCCUCCCCGCCGGACUACAUUCUAGCGAGCGAUGGCCUGCGAAGAAGGCCAACACGAACCUAUGGAACGGCUGGGAACCACAUGGCCAAGGGGCCACAGGGAAGGCACGGCAUGGCAGGCAAAAGAGCUUGAGUGAAGCGAUAAAUGCAGUCAGGACGAGAGGGCGCGGCGCGAGUAUCACGGACAACGCGCAUGAGAUUGCAGAAUCGCUCAAGGCGCCCAUCUCCUUUAAGCUCGUUGGGCUAUGCGUGUUCUGGUACAUGACAUCGAUCGUUACGAACGCCUCAUCAAAGGCCAUCUUGACCUCAUUGCCGAUGCCCGUGACGCUGACCAUUGCACAAUUCGGCCUGGUCUCUUUUUGGUGUGUCUUUUCGGCAUGGUUGGCUAAGCGUAACGCUUCUGUACGGAAUGCCCUGCCUGUGCUCAAAACCGGAAUCAGGAAACCGAGCAAGGAGAUCAUUAUGGCGACGCUACCUCUCACGGCUUUCCAAAUCGGUGGUCAUAUCCUGAAUUCAGACGCGAUGUCGCGGAUACCGGUCUCGCUGGUGCAUACGAUCAAGGGAUUGUCGCCUCUGAUGACGGUCAUGGCCUAUCGAAUAUUCCUGAACGUGCGAUACUCGAUUCCUACAUACCUAUCGCUGAUUCCUUUGACCCUUGGAGUUAUCUUGGCGUGCUCAGCGAGUUUCCGAGCCAAUUUUCUGGGACUGGUCUAUGCGUUCGGCAGUGCAAUCCUUUUCGUGACGCAGAACAUCGUCUCCAAAAAGAUCUUCACGGAUUCUGCAAGAGCAGAAGCAGAUGGCGUUCCCCUGGGUCGCCGGAAGCCGGACAAGCUGAACCUGCUCUGUUACUCGUCUUUGAUGGCCCUCAUCAUUACAUUCCCGAUAUGGGUGUGGUCGGAAGGCAUCACUCUUCUAGGCGACUUCCUGUACGAUGGAUCGAUCGACCUGACUGUGCGACCGAACUCUCUGGACCACGGCCGCUUGACAGUGGAAUUCUUAUUCAACGGUACUUUUCAUUUUGGCCAAAGUCUCGUGGCCUUUGUUUUACUAGGCAUGACCUCACCGGUCACUUACUCGGUAGCGAGCUUGAUCAAGCGCGUUGCUGUCAUCUUAUUUGCAAUCGUCUGGUUUGGAAAUCCGAUGAGCGGAACUCAAGGAUUUGGCUUCUUCCUCACAUUUCUCGGCCUGUACUUGUACGAUCGUACAUCGGAUGCGGAUAAGCAGGAUCGCAAGGUGCGCGAGAAGGAUGCAGCUGGCGAUCAUCUGUUGCCGUUGAGUGUCGGCGAUGCGAAGAAGAAUGAUGCUGGGCCUGGGUUCACUGCGUCGCCUUUGGCAAUGAGUAAUGGCGGACAUAUCUUCGGCGGGAUGAGCGGCUAUGCGAUAGGGAGUUCCGACGCUGGUAGUGGCCCAGGCAGGCCGAACAAUGUCUCCUCGAAUGCCAACGGCUCACCGGCAUCUCUCGCUUUAGGGACCAAGGCGCAAGAGACUUGGGGUCCGGGCGACAGGGCAAGAGAGCACACGACCGACGGCAAUUAUCCGCCAUAGAGCCCUCCAAUCGAACUUAUGAUGCACUGUGAACUAGUACGACUUUCCCAUA